AUGCUCGAUCGCACCGCCUACCCAGGCGUUAUUGAUGCGAUCUUUCGCGUCGCGCCCUUCGAUACACUCUUACUAUUGCGCACCGCAUCUCGGGACUUCCGCGCGCGCGUCGAUGCCAACCUAGCCCAGCACCUCCUGUGUGAUUGGUACGAGGUGCGGUGUGUCAACGGUGGGCGUCACCCGGCAUUCUGGGCGCUGUGCACUCAACCCCAAAUCCCGCGGCCCGGGGGACACUACACGCUUCCAGAGGCGCUCGGAGACGCAUCGCUCCUUGGAAAUGGGAUCCCGCCCAGCAUCGACGCCUUGGAUAUCGUCGGCCCACAGAGCAUCUACCCCAUUCUUCUCCUCACGCAACGCCUGAAGCCGUGGACGGUUCGUCUUUGGGUCUGCGGAACGCCCACGGACGUUGACGUCCCGGUGGCGCUGGACGCGGAUGCGAUCAUCGUAAUGGGGCGCCCGCACGGCUCCGCCGGGCCGUUGGCGGUGCACGAAGAGCCGCGCAUGGCGCUCACAACGCGCGUCCGUCGCGUCGUAUACCACCUCUCGGACAAGUACGCGGCCAACGCGGCUUUGUUUCGACAGAUCGAGCCGCGUGCCGCCGUCCUGCAUGACUUCGAGAUCGUCGUCAUUGUCUCAGGCCUCAACCGCCGCGGCGGCUUCCUGCUGUGGGAGAUCACGCACCUCCAGCGCGACCAGCCCCACCUCCGCGUCACGGUCGUCAAUCCACCGGCCCAGCCUAUGGCUGCCUAUCCCGGCGCUGUGUCUAGCCAGGAGCUUGCGGUGCGGUGCGGUACGUUCCGCGAGUGGGCGCAGGCGGUGGUGGAGCGCGGGCACGAGCGUGAGGUGUUUCAGGAGCAAUGGCGAUUCUACUCGUUCGAAGAAUACGCGCACUUGGUUGGCGCUCGGCGGUUCGCACUGGAGAUGGGCGAUGCUUAG